UUUAGGGGUAUUCCACUGUAUGGUCGGAGCAGAGGGGCUGCCCCCUGUGUGUCUCUCAGGGGCAUAAAGCAGAAGGUGUUGUGUUUUCUCUGGUAAAACGAAGUGGAGGUUUUGCUGUGUUGUACUGCAGGCGGACGGCCAGGAGGUGGCGACGGUGGUCAGCGCUCAGGAGAUCAGAGUCGUAGCUGAACUGCUUCAGAUCUCUCCAGAGGGACUCCAGAAGGCACUCACACACAAAGUCACGGAGACGAUGAGGGACAAAAUCUACACCCCUCUGACUGUAGAGAGCGCUGUAGACGCCAGAGAUGCUGUUGCCAAGAUCCUGUACUCUCUGUUGUUCCACUGGCUGACUGAGAGGAUUAAUGGACAGGUUUACCCUCGACAUCACGCUCUGUCAAUAUCUGUACUGGAUAUAUAUGGCUUUGAGGACCUGUCCUUCAACAGCUUUGAGCAGCUCUGUAUUAACUAUGCUAAUGAGUACCUGCAGUUCCUCUUCAACGGGAUCGUUUUCAGACAGGAACAGGAGGAGUACAACAGAGAGCAGAUCCCGUGGCAGGACAUCCCGUUCAACGACAACCAGGCCUGCAUCGACCUCAUCUCCUCUAAACCCCAUGGAGUACUGAGGAUCCUGGACGAUCAGAGCUGCUUCCCCCAGGCGACAGACCACACCUUCCUCCAGAAGUGUCAUUAUCACCAUGGUAACAACAAGAUCUACCUGAAGCCAAAGAUGCCCCUCCCAGAAUUCACCAUCAAACACUUCGCUGGCCCGGUCACCUACCAGGUUCACAAGUUUCUGGAUAAGAACUACGACCAGGUUGGACAGGAAGUUCUGGAUCUGUUCAGUCACAGCAAGAACAAGAUGGUGGCCAACCUCUUCCUGGUUCACGCGGAGGUCGUAGGUCAGCAUAGAGGUCGUGUGAGGAAGAGCGGCACGAGACAUCAGCCCCCAACUGUCUCCACCAAGUUCACCCUGUCACUGCUGGAACUGGUGGACAAGAUGGAGAGGUGCAACCCAUCGUUCAUACGCUGCAUUAAGCCAAACAGUCAGAAGGAGCCAGGUGUGUUUGAGACGGAGCUGGUCACCAGCCAGCUGAGGUAUUCUGGUAUCUUGGAGACAAUCAGGAUCCGGAGAGAAGGUUACCCUGUUAGACUGGCCUUCAACGACUUCCUGUUCAGGUAUAAGUCUCUGGUGGGUUUGAAGCAGCCUCCAGCUCCUGAUGGGGAGAACUGCAUCUUCAUGCUCUGCAAACUGGUUCCCCUCCGACCCGGGGCCUACCAAGUAGGAGUUACCAAGCUGUUUCUGAAGGAGGAGGUGUACCAGUUGCUGGAGUCUAAGAGAGAGCGUGUCCGUCAGGUUGCGGCCCUCACCCUGCAGAGAUACACGCGCAUGUUCUUCGUCAGGAAACGGUACACGGAGUUCAGGACCAAGAUCGUCAGACUACAGGCCUACUGUAGAGGCUUCCUCACCAGGAAGCGCUAUUUGAAGAUGAGGAAGAGUCUGGUGAAGUUCCGUUCUCUCGUCCACAUGUACGUCACCCGCAAGAGAUACAUCAAGAUGAAGCUGGAGGCCCGCAGGAAAGCAGAGGAGGAGAGGAGGAGGAGAGAGGAGGAGCUGUCGAAGAGAGAGGUGGUUAAUGUCUCUCACCUGGUGAUCCCUGCUGAGCUCAGCUCUUUACUGCAGGCUGCAGCAGGUGGCAGACAGCUCCAUGCUGAGAGUCUAGCUCUGGUCCAGGCACCACACAUCCCUGAGGAGAACCAGCUGACUCUGCCGCUGGACAUCAACAACAACCCCUUCAGCCGCUACGUACAGCUGCACUUCAGGGAGCCUAUGUUUGGGAUGCUAACGGUUCCCUUGGAGACGACCCUGACGUGUAUGGACGAGGACCUCCGACAGGAAGCUCUGGAGGUGUUCGUUAUGAUCCUGAGGUUCAUGGGCGACCCCCACCUGAACGGGGCUCAGGAGAACCUGUUUGGGAACUACAUAAUCCAGAGAGGACUGGCCAAUCAGGGCCUGCGAGACGAGAUCCUGGCUCAGCUGGCCAAUCAGGUGUGGCGGAACCCAAACCAUGACAACGCAGAGAGAGGCUGGCUGCUGCUGCUGGGCUGCACCUGCUGCUUCCCUCCAUCACCCAGGCUGCACACACACCUGCUGAAGUUUGUGUCUGACCACGCCCCUGCUGGUUGCCGGGCGCUGCUGCAGCACCGGCUGAUCCAGGCCAAUCAGAAGUCCCGGCUGUUAUCAGGAUCCGCCCCUGAGACAGCACGCACCUAUCCGCUGGCUCUGUUGGAGUGGACAGCCAAUAGGAAGAGGGCUAACAUGGUGCUGCAGGUGACCUGCUUCGACGGGGAAUCGUUCCUGUGUCCCGUCCAAUCCUGGACCAGUGGAGAAGAUCUGGCAGGAAACAUCCUACGACACAGGGGGGCGUGUGAGGAGUGGAGGGGCUGGUCUGUACUGAUGAAGGAGCAUGGGCAGUGGGCGGAGCUAGCCGGUCACGAUUACGUCAUGGAUCUGAUCUCAGACUUGGAGCUGCAGUCCGACUUCCCCAAACAGAAGAGUUACUACAUCAUCUCAGCUGAGGAUCCGAAUAGAGUUCGACCCAACGCCAGGCUGACUCUGUUUGGCAGUGGUUUUGACAGUGAUGACGAGCCGCCUUCAUCAGCACCACCAAACCUGCAGCAGCCGACCAGACUCGACGGAUACUCCAGCCACGUGGAGGCUGAUGUGAUCGGGCGACGGUCCGACUCAGAGAGGAGUGGAUCGCUACCUGGACAGCCUCUUCGCCCUGUGUUGUCAGACGGCGCACG